AAUUUAUUAAUUUGAAAUUCAUACAAAUACUAUUUGCUAAAAUUUAAUUAUCUUAAACCAAAAAUUGAUAUUUAGAAAUCAGUUUUUCUAGAGGAUGAUUUUACGGAGCACGAUUUACUUGAAAUAUUCACGAGAGUUCAAUAUUUAAUACGUUAUCAUUCUAUUUUUAUCUACUUUGUGUUCCGAUAUUCCUUUAUGCAACGUAUGGAAUUUACGUUUCUUAGAGAAUGUCGAUAGAUACUAAGACAGAAGUUUUCUUUUACAAAAAUAACAGGCCUAUGAAUCAUAACAUAACAUAGACCGAUAAAUUUAACACUGCUCCAUUUAAACUCUAAAGAUAAACAACUGACCAACAAGCCAGGUGCUUUAUGUGGGCAUGUGUGCCCCCUCCAAGCCUCUCCAGCUAAGAUCAAUAAUCCUAACUGAAGGGAGACAGUGGUUGUAUUCAGUGAGAAGGGGUGCGUGAAUCAAGUCAUUCUAUAGGUAAAGCCUGUUGCUGCUACCACAUUUAACAAGUUCGCAGAAUGUGCUGCAUUAAAACGCCACAUUAAUUGUCUAUCACAAGACUGACUAUCAAUUACAAGAUUCAGUGAUGUGCUGUGGACACAUCGAGGGAUUAUGGCUAAUUAUACUCGUGGUAUAAACGGAACAACCCCAGUUAUAGGACAGAACUGUGUGUCAAAUUCAUCAAACUCUGCGUUCCUAGACAAAUCACUGGUCACUGCACCGUCAUGGAGUGCGAUACAGCAAGACAUAAGAUGGGCAUUUCUACUGCAUGCAUACAGCUUCGCAUGCCUCUUCUUUAUACUAGGGUUUUACACAUUCUUCGCUAUUCUAAAUUUAAGAUCUCUCAUAUCAACCAGGCCAUUUAUGUCUACGAUUAAUAUAUUCUUAUGUUUACUCGGGGCAUCGAGAGCCGCUUCCUUAUUCAUAGACGCGUACAAUCUUAAAGAAACUCUGCCCAAAGUCAUUGGCUCAAUUAUAUGGGACAUUGGAUAUCCAUGCAUUACGUCUGCCUUUUGCCUGAUACAACUGGCUUUUCUGCAACUGACGAAGCUGAAAUUUGGUCCGGAGAAGAUACAGAAGGAAUCCUGCCUCAGUCUCAUUAUAACAGCACACUUCUUCUUCGUAAUUGCCAGCGACAUCGUACUGUCCUCCCACAAUUGCUACAUGGCGAAAUAUAUGGUCCAAGCGGCGUUCCUCGUCUGGAGCGUCCUUUUGUAUCUCGCGUUUCUACACGCGGCUUACAAAGUUGAUCAUUUGCUCCGGACGAUGCCAAGCAGUAUGUUGACGCGAGACAAUUCUAACGCACAUCAUAAAGGUAUCAUGCAACUCGCGAUGUUGGCACCGUACAGCAAUUUGGCGACUUCGGUCGCUGCCGCCCUAGUACCUACUUUACUUGGUCCAGCUAAGAUGAAGGGUUCGGAAGAAAGUGAGCCUGUAAAUGCGAAUAAAAAUGCGGAAGAAGCGAUCGCGGAAGGAGAAUCGCGAGUCACAACUACCGCCAAGGUGUGCAAGAUGGAGGGACCAGCGCAAAAGGAAGUACAGAAUGCUGCGAUACCUACUUGCACCGUACAAUCACCGUCAUCGCAAGAACCAAGGUCGUCGGUACCGGAAGUCUACGUUAGGCCACCCACCCCUACUCCGUCAACCGCUAAUCUGCCGAUUAUAACCGUGUCGAGCCCGAGUCGUAGGAGCUCCAUGGCCAGUCGACGAGGCAGCGACACGUCUACAAAAUCCUCGCGCAGGAAUUCGGAGUGUAGCGUUAGAUUUGUAAACGAGGAGAAUACGACGGAAUGCAAGCGCACGACGGAGGGUAGCCCCAGGGCGAUGCCGAGGAUGCGAGAGGAGUUUGAGAGGAAUCGCUCGCCCGAGAGUCCACGACGAUUUUCGGAUAAUAUCACGCCGACCGGCAGCACCAGGGAACUAAGACGAUGCUCCGAUUUUACCCACGAGAAAAAUCGUGGCUCGCAAUUCGCGAUCAAGCUGCGGAGGAAUAGCGAUUUCGGUAACAGAACGCCCAGAAGAAUGUUGCCGCCUGAUGAAAAUAGAUUGCCCAAAGUCCUGGAUGUUAGUCCCACGGGUUCAAGACGCAAUUCCGACAUUGGUACUUUCAUGUCACCCAAUAGACCCGACUCGCGUAGAAAUUCCGAGAGUUCCUAUCGACGUAACUCCGAGUUCAUUCAUAUUAAACCGCUAAUUAUAAAUCGUCGAAGCAGCGAUAUCAGUAUCAGAACAUUGGACAGGAGUCCCACACACUUCCAGAGUAUAGUACCUAUUAAGCUGGAGAUACAGGAAAAAUCUGAAUCAGAUUCAGAUCACCCUGUAGAUUGCAGUGAGAAGGCGGCGCUGAUGACCGAAAAGUCGAAGAGCAAAGACGAAGAGCCGAAAGUACGCAAAAAGAAUUUGUCAUGGAAUGAUAAAAAUAUCGAAGACCCAGAGGACAUUACGCCGGAGACUAACUUGCUUCCCGAAAAUACGUCUAGUGAAGCAAGAGUUAUGGGCACGGACUUAACCCUUCACUCGAUAUUGAAUCACAUCGCGUACGUGAAUCGAGCGAAAUCUGAUACGCCGUUACAUAUACCGGAAGCGGAUACCGCAGUCGCUAGAAAAUCUCAGAUGCAAAAAGUAUUAAACGUUACGCGCGCUACUGCAAUUUUAGGGAUUCUCCUGUGCGUCACGGAUGCCUUUCGUAUUUUUGGACCAUACGGACUGUUUGCUGAAACCGUACCAUACGGUACAGAACCAGCACCGACACAGUUUCCCAUACCGUGGCCCUGGCUGCUGUAUCAGACGAUACCCAGGAUAUUUGAAUUUGUGAUGGGCUGUGCCAUGGCGAAUAUAACUAAGCAGCCAACAGUAAGUCCGCGACAUCAGUAUUUGAGUAAUUAUCCCAAUUAUUCCCCGCGCGUAACUCGUAAUAAUCCUUAUAUAUGAAGCAAUAUCAUCUAAGCGUAAUCGUAAUCCAAAAACCAAGAUGCCAAAUGAAAGUUUUUUCAUAAUUUCUUUUAUCGAAUUUUAAUAUUAUUAAUAAUAUUCUUUCAAGAUUUUUUAUAAUGACUCCGUGA